AUGCAGAUGUGCACCAACAUUUCAUACAAGGUGCAUUUCAUCAGCUGGCUCGACUGUCUCCUCCUGUUGACACUGCUCUUCUGCUCCCUGUGCCUGGUUUGGUUUAUCAUCCUGUUCUUUAUCACCAAUGUCCUCCCAAGCCAAAUCAUCCUCCUCCGGAUGAGUGAAGAAUUCAUGACGCAAGGCCUCUUUGGCCGUGGGCCGUUUGCUAGGAUUCAAUUCCAGGAGCAUAGAAAGAAAACUAGUAGCUUGUUUUUCGCUUUCCGAAUACCCCUUCUCGCCAAUGGUGGAAUUGAAGAAGGGAAAACGUCGACCGAGGAUGGUCAGGAGUAUGACUCCAGCCGACCAGAUGUCAAUCUUUGUCGUUUGCGACGUGCAUUUGAACAGGACCUCUGGUGCACGGAAGCCCCUGGUUCCCGCACGGUUUGCACGCCGUGA